UAUCAACAAAAUGGGAGUACCAAAGUUUUUUAGGUACACCAGCGAAAGGUAUCCUUGCCUUAAUGAACUGGUGAAGCAGUAUCAGAUACCAGAUUUUGACAAUAUGUAUCUGGAUAUGAACGGUAUCAUACACAACUGCUCUCACCCGGAUGAUUCUAAUCCACAUUUUCGAAUAACUGAAGAAAAGAUAUUCAAAGAUAUCUUCCAUUAUAUUACUAUUUUAUUUCAAAUAAUAAAACCUAAGAAAUUAUUCUUUAUGGCUAUUGAUGGUGUGGCUCCCAGAGCUAAAAUGAACCAACAAAGAGGAAGAAGAUUCAGAUCAGCAAGGGAAGCUGAAAGCUUAGAAGAGAUUGCUAAAGCAAAAGGUGAGGUGCUACCCACUGAGAAGAGAUUCGAUAGUAACUGCAUUACACCUGGAACAGUUUUCAUGGCACGUUUGCAUGACCAGCUCAAGUAUUUUAUUAAGGAAAAAAUUUCCACCGAUCCACUGUGGUCUAAUGUCAAAGUUAUAUUGUCUGGACAUGAGACCCCUGGAGAGGGAGAACAUAAAAUAAUGGACUAUAUCCGUUGGGCCCGCUCUCAACCUGAUUACAAUCCAAAUACUCGUCAUUGUCUCUAUGGACUAGACGCAGAUCUUAUCAUGUUGGGCAUGUGCACUCAUGAACCGCAUUUUGCAUUGCUGAGAGAGGAGGUAAAAUUUGGUAAAACAACACAACGUGCAACAAGUCCCGAAGAUACAAACUUCUAUCUUCUUCACUUAUCUCUAUUAAGGGAAUACUUAGAACAAGAAUUUAUAUCAAUAAAGGACAAGUUACCAUUUGAAUAUGAUAUCGAGAAAAUAGUUGACGAUUGGGUGCUAAUGGGCUUCCUAGUCGGCAAUGAUUUUAUACCUCAUUUGCCUAAUAUGCAUAUCAGUAAUGAUGCAUUACCUCUUCUAUAUAUGACGUAUAUGACUGUUCUCCCAACUUUGAGUGGUUAUAUAAAUGAGGCGGGAGAUUUAAAUCUAGAAAGAUUCGAGAUAUUCAUGCAGGAAUUAGCAAAAAUAGAUAAAGAGAAGUUUCAAGAUACAUAUGCAGAUUUGAAAUAUUUCGAAGCGAAAACCGGUAGGCGACCUAAUGAUAAAGAAAGGAAAGAGUAUAAACCAAACAAUGAUGAUACAUUUAACGUAAAUAUUGACGAUAUAAAAGCUAAUAAGCCAGAUGACGAAUUGCAAGCACUAAUUAAUGCUACGCAUGAAAUGUUUGUAGAUGAUAUGGAAGAAAAUGAUGAAGAAUAUGAAGAAACAAGUGACGAGGAAGCUAAUAUUGAAAUGGAGUUUAUUUUACACAAGAAGGAUUAUUAUAUGAAUAAAUUGGAUUAUUCAAAAGUAACAGAUGAAGUCUUAGCCGACCAAGCAGAGGGUUAUGUUAAAGCAAUACAAUGGAAUCUCUACUAUUAUUACAAGGGCUGUCCAUCCUGGUGUUGGUACUAUCCACAUCAUUAUGCUCCAUACAUGUCAGAUAUCAAGGGAUUCAAGGAUCUCAAAAUUGAAUUUGAGCUUGGGGAGCCUUUUAAACCCUUUGAACAGCUGUUGGCAGUGUUACCAGCGGCAAGCAAACAUUUACUACCAUCACCGUUCCAUGAUUUGAUGACUGAUGAGGAUUCACCCAUUGUACACUACUAUCCCGUUCACUUUGAAACUGAUCUGAACGGGAAGAAAAAUAGUUGGGAAGCUGUUGUAUUAAUACCUUUUAUAGAUGAGACAAACCUUCUAUCAGCAAUGGCGCCCUGCUAUCAGAGAUUGACCGAAGAGGAGCUAAAGCGUAAUACUCACGGACCUAUGCUUGUAUAUACUAGGACAUCGGAAAACUUAGGUCCAUUAGUAGCUCCAGAAUUUUUCUCAACGAUACCUGAAAACCAUGCGAAACAAGUAGAGGUCUGGAGGCAAGAACUGGACGUUCCUGUUGAUCAAUUGAAGAAAGGAAUGUUGCCAAACGUUGAUAGGGAUCUAUUGUAUCCCGGCUUCCCUACAAUGAGACAUUUAAAGUACAAGGCUAGUUUAAAAGCCUGCAAAGUUAAAGUAUUUGACCAGCCAUCUCGCAACAGUAGCAUGAUAGUGGAAAUAAUACCCACGGAGAGUAUAGAUCCACCGCUCGAGGAAAUUGCUCAGAAGUUAUUGGGCAAAGUUAUUUGGGUGAGCUGGCCUCAUCUUACCCAGGCUAAAGUUAUCUCAGUGUCAAAUGAGAAAAUGCGUCUUCACCACAUUGACAAGCAAAACAACAAUUUGGAUGGAGUACAAUUUUCAAAAGAAUUAAACGUGGGCAACUUGCACAAGCAGUGGAUAUCUGAACGUUCUACUAUUAUUGAGCACAAUAUGAAUCGUCUUGGCAUAGAAUUGGGAGAUGUGAAAGUUAUUAUUCACGCACUGAAUUUAAAAGGGUACAAAUACGUGAUCCAAGACAACGUGAGCAUGGCGCUAGAGGAGCAGUGGAGCUCGGUUCCGUGCGGCUACGCGCUGCAGGCGACCCUGGCGGCGCUGCCGGCCGCGCUGCUGCCGCCGCUGCGCUACCGCACGCCGCAGCAGGCCUACCCGCCCGGCGACCGCGUGUUCCUGCUCACGCGCGGCCCGUACUACGGCUGCGAGGCCACCGUGCUGAGCUCGGACGCGCCGCGGAGCGGCCGCAUCAAGCUGAGCGUACGCGAGCAGCAGGAGCCGAUACCGCGAGCGCACGCGCAGGCCGCCGCCUACCGCUCCGCGCACCACGCCGCCGCCGCCUGCGGUAUAUCAAAUCACAUGCUGUCUCGCAUAACGGGAACCGUGCUCCUUAUACUGGGGGAAAGGAACGACUUGCCCACCGAAACUCAAAACAAAGUAAACAUUGGACUUAAUCUGAAGUUUAAUAAAAAGAACCAGGAGAUUACUGGCUACACGCGACGCUGCAAAAUAACCAACUCGUGGCUGUAUUCAGAUCGAUGUGUACAGCUCGUACGGGACUACGCGCGAAACUUCCCUGAUUUCUUCGACAAGCUGGGCUCUUCGCCCAACCAGGACGUCUAUUUCGAGAGCGAUAUCUGGCCUGACGAAGUCGGUAAGAACAAGCCCCAGGACAUAGUCCAGUGGCUAAAGAGCCAGCCACACACCAAUGCUGCUAAACGACCUUGUGGCACUGAGGCGCUGGAGCCUGAGGAGAUGAGAGCUCUGUGGGACGACUUGAGUCGACAGUUAGAAGAGUUACGGGGUACCGAGAAAAAUGUCACGCUGCAAGUCAAGUGGAAUUUGCUCUAUAAGGCGGAGCUGCACUGCGGCGCGGCGGGCGCGGGCGCGGAGGACGAGGCGGCGGGCGCGUGGCGGCUGCGCGACCGCGUGGUGGCCGUGGCGGGCGACGGCGCGCCGGCGGGCGCGCGCGGCACCGUGGUGGCCGUGCUGCGCGCGCCCGGCGCCGGCGUGCGCCUGGCCGAGCGCCUCGCGCCGCGCGCCGCCUGCCUCGUGCUGUUCGACGAGCCCUUCGCCGCCGCGCACGCCCACGACCUCUUCGACGAGCCGCGCUUCUACAGGAUGUUGCCCCACAAUCUCCUGAACAUAUCAUACGGACGCAAUUUGCGUGAAACGAACGACGAUUCUGAGACCCAACCCUUCACGUACAAUGCGCCUACAUUACUACGACGAGACGGUCAACACUCAGCAUUUGCGAGCUAUAGUCCCCCGAGAGAAAUCAAGACGCCUGUAGCAGAAAACAAGACUACGCCACAACAACCAACAGUAACGACCAAUAAUAAUAUCAAAAACGGGCAGCCGCAGGAUAGUGCUACAAAUCUACUAAGGAGCUUGUUGAAAAUAAGUGAAACUGAGAACAAUAAAAAGGAUAACAAGGUACAAAAUCAUCAUGAACCGAGUCAAAAUUGGCGAAACAAAAAUAACUACCCGGUCAUUUCAUCGCCGAACAAACCGCCGCCUCAAAACUGGCGUAAAGACAACUCGUUCAAUCGACCUCAACCGCACAAGGAUUGGACAAGUACUUCGUAUAAGAGCCAGGCCUCAACGCCCGCGAUGCCCGUGAUGCCGUCGUCGUCUUCGAUGCCCCCGUUCCCACAGUUCGGCCCCGCCGACCGCGGCUUCCCCAAACAUUUACCGCAGGGGCCGUCCUGGUCGCAUGCGCCUCCACCGAUGCAUAAUUUAAGAUCAAUACCGCCGCCCAGUCACCCGAGUCUCAACAUGGCACUGAUACAGAGUACGCACAACGCGGACAAGUUGAGUACGCCCUUCGUGCCCUUGCAAGUGCAGUCUAGUCAACGACGAGUUCAACACGGAAGCGAGGCCCCGGAGAGGAAAAACGCCGAGAAUAAAGUCCCGUCCGCCGAACAAACAAGCGCACCGCCCGCACCGCUGCUGGUGACCCAACAACAAGCUGUAUCGAAGCCACAGAAGAAAAAGAAAACAAGAAUAGCAGCAAAUCUACCCUUCCAGAUGGACUAAGUACUGGAAUUAAUGUUGUCAAAUAUUUUUUUUUUACAUUUAAUUAAGAUUUUAAAUGAAUUGUACAACAAAAAUAAAUAUAUGUAUACAAGAAUCUACAUAACAUACAGGAUGGAUAGGGUUUUCCUUAAAGGGCUCAAUACUGUUUUUAUUGAAUCAUUAUAAAUUUCCUUGAUAAAAGUA